UCGUCAGAGCGCGUCAGAGUGGUCAGAGUGCGUCAGAGUGGCCAGAGUCAGAGUCGUCAGAGUCACAUUUUAGGGGUGUGGGUUGGAUGGAGGUAUAGAAUGGACCGCUAGUGGGUUUGUUUUUGUUAUUGUAAGAAGACGAAGCAGGCGAACGAAAGAAAUGGACGAAUUAAAUGAUCAAGGGGUGGAAUUGUAUAGUCACCAUGGAGUACUCGUUAAAAGCCAAAAUCAGAUCCGCGAUGACGAUUCUCACUGUUCUGGUACUUUGAGUAUUAUUGAAUAUAGUGGCAUUGGGAAAUGUAUAGAGUGGAAGCCAACAGAGGUGUUAGUGGAUUCAGAGACAAAUGACCAGGAGUGGGCAAUGGUAAAUGCAGUAGGACGCAGGAAUCGUACUUCAAGUGGCAGUAAUGAAAGUCAAAGUCGAUGUCGAUCAGUGCGUAUUGAAGUGGCGCAUCUUAAAAGUUUCCGUGUUACAAGAAAUAGACAGCAGGUGACCCUGAUGGAGCGGGAUGGAACAACACACAGUGUGUUCUUCUUUCAGCAUGGUAAUGCAGACUGUUUUGUGGCUGCCCUGAAAGGAAACAUUAAAACUGUCAGAUCCAAGAAGGACAAGCAUCUGUAUAUAGUUCCAGAUGAGCCAGAAAGUCAGUUGGAUCGGUCAUUUGCAGAGUUGGAACUUUUCACAGAAAACACAACAGAUGUAGUGUGGAAAUUUGUAAGAAACCUACACCACCGUCCAUAUGAAACUACAUUAGAAACUUUUGCCAAGCUCACUGACAUAUGGUUGUUCAAAUCGUCAGAACAGAGGAGAGAAGAAGAAGUUGCAGAACUGCUAAAUAGAAGCCUUACCCUCAAUGAGACAUCUGCUGAUGCCAUUGGAGAAGAAUAUGCAGUUGUAGAUCUUCGUAAUGGACCACUUCUGCCACCCCGCCCCCCUGCCCCUCGAGGCCCCCCAUUAUCUAUAGAACAGUGGGCACAGUUUCAAGAUGAAGAUGGUCAUAUUGUGGAAGUGGAAAUAUUGAAGGACAUCAUAUUCAGAGGGGGAGUGGUACCUAAUCUCCGAUAUGAAGUGUGGAAGUUUCUUCUGGGUUAUUUCCCUUGGGAUUCAACACAUGCUGACAGACAGAAGCUACGAAAACAAAAAGUGGAAGAAUACUUUCAGAUGAAGUUACAAUGGCGAUCUAUUACUCCAGGUCAAGAGCAGAGGUUUUCCGAUUAUCGCGAAAGAAAGAGUCUUGUGGAGAAAGAUGUAAACAGGACAGACCGCACACUCCCAUUCUUUGCUGGUGAGAACAACGAAAACCUGAUGCUGCUGUCAGAUAUCCUGAUGACAUAUGUCAUGUACAAUUUUGAUCUUGGUUAUGUUCAGGGAAUGAGUGAUCUGCUUUCGCCCAUCCUCUGUGUUAUGACAAAUGAAGUAGAUGCCUUCUGGUGUUUUGUGGGCUUCAUGGACAAAGUGUGCAGCAACUUUGAGUUGGAUCAAGCUGGCAUGAAACAACAGCUCCAGCAGUUGCAUUGCCUGUUGUCGGUGACUCUGCCUGAUUUGAGUGCUUAUUUGGAAAAGCAUGAGUCUGGGAACAUGUUCUUUUGUUUCCGUUGGCUUCUGGUAUUAUUUAAACGGGAAUUCUCGUAUCAAGAUAUCAUGAGACUUUGGGAAGUUUUAUGGACUGACCUACCUUGUCCAAAUUUUCAUCUUCUUCUGUGCGUAGCAGUUUUAGACACACAACAGCAUAUCCUUAUGGAGAAUAAUUAUGGAUUUACUGAGAUACUGAAGCACAUUAAUGAUCUGUCAUUGCACAUUGAGCUGGAUUCAACAUUAAGCAAAGCAGAAGGAAUAUAUCACCAGCUGACAUCAGCUAUAUGUUUACCUGAUGUUGCAAGAAAGAUUAUUGGACUGGAUCCUCUUGGAGGUCCUGAUACUUUGGAACAAAAAGAACCACUGCAAACAACAGAUAUUGAUAAUGGCCUGAAAGUUGAAGAGGGUCCAGAGUCUUUGGAAACUCUUACGUUUUCCCCUAGAACAGGAGAGGUAGCAUUUGAACGAUCUCUCAAUUUAAAUUAUCUGUAAACAGAUAUAAUGCUAAAAAGGCUUUUAUAAAAGAAAAUGUGAUUUGAGAGCCUGUUUUAAAUGGGAUGCACGUAAAUUAUUUAUUUGUGUUUUGAAUUUGAACACUUGAUAUUUUGUAAUACAAUUUCGUGUAUAUAGAUUGUACCAUUUUUAUUAGUAUAAUAAUGGGCUUCUUAGAUAUUGAACUGAAUGAAAAGACAUGUUCCAAUAUUGUCAGGAUGAAUUCAUAACAGCCUUAUGCAUUUGUGAGAAAUGCAGAUUUUUUCAUUCAGUUUUCAUUGAUACAUGAAUAGAAUUGAUAUUUAUUUAAAUAAUCUUCACUUCAUGAUAUUCAAGAUUGUAUUAAAGAGUAUAUUUUUUCUAACUUGCACCCACUUUGCAGCUCUUACAUUAGGAAGGCAGUAGAUUGUGUCGCCUUUUAAUGCCCUUCCAGUUGAAAGGGUUCUGACAGUGGUAUUUUACAGUUAGUAUUACUGGGUUUCUGCAUUUUGUCUGUUGUCUUAGGAUUCUGCACACACUGGAUGUGUUGCCAACCUCAGAGGAAAUGUGAUGAUGAGAUUAGCUUGGUGUAAAUACGGUAUUUCUCAGCUAGUGGGACUUGACAGCUGGGUGGGAUGUAAGGUCACAAAAAUGACAUCCAUUAAUGAAAUAGACUUAUAAAAAGAUGAGCAUUGUUUUUACUGUGGUGGGAUCCAGAUGUGACAGUUGAGAAUCACUGCCCUAACAGACCCAACUGAGCAGGUAAUUCCCCACCUUUUGUCCUGAUGAUAGAAACUUUUAGUUUUUGAAUGCUAAGAUGGUGGACAAGGUCCAAAAGCCCAGUAAUACAUAUUUUGUAUCUGUCACCAAUAUUAUGUUGGCAUUCAUAUUAUCAGACAUUCUGUCAGUCCUUUCUUGGGUAUGGUCUUCCCCUCCCAAAGCCUCUUUCUCACCCUUGAAUUGCCCACGAGGUGUACAGUAGACUUAGAAGUCCAGUAUUAUCCCGGUUUCUGUCUGAUCCAGCAGUUGUCUGGGCUCAGGAAAAGGAAGUCUGCCUGUAUGAAAUGGGAAGCUCCUUGUUAUGUGACAUUGCUGUGUAGUUGAUAAGGUAAUGAAAUAAAAUUGUUUUGUUCAGUCA